AUGGAACAAAUGGAAGAAUCCCAAAGAAGUAUGAUAAGUCAAUUGACGCAACUAAUGGCAGGAGGGUAUGAUAAAGAGAAGGGCAUUGUAGUCAAUCUUGGAGAUGAUCAUGAAGACCCGGCCUAUCCACCGGGUUUCACCUCGACUAAUAUCCAGGCACAACUAGAGGCAUAUCCACAAGGGGCACCCGCUACUAACAGACCCCAACAAUAUCAAGUCGGUACCUCGGCACCAAUGAACUACUCGACAGGCUCAGGUUCCAAUCCAAGAGACAAUCUAAACAAUCCUGUAGUUCCUGACCUAGACGAAAUGGUAGAAAUAGAAAAAUCAAAGAUGAAACUGCCAAAACAACUCGAAGAUCAGUACAGAUGGUUGGAGGAAAAACUCAGAGCCAUGGAAAAUGCUGAUUACCAUUGCGGGGUUGACGCCAAAGAUCUCGAUUUGAUCCCAGAUCUAGUAUUCUCAUCGAAAUUCAAGGUUCUAGAAUUCAAAAAAUAUAAUGGGACUAGUUUUCCUAAAACUCACAUCAUGAUGUUCAGUCGAAGAAUGACGAGAUACGUUAAUAACGAGUAA